ACCUCACCCAGUAAUUAUGUUUGCGGCUCUCCGAUGUUCACUGACCGAAUUGUAGGGGGCAUGGAUGCUGUGGAUGGAGAAUGGCCCUGGCAGAUCAGCCUGCGGUACAUGGGAUCUCAUAUCUGUGGUGGGUCCUUGAUCUCUAACCAGUGGGUCCUGACUGCUGCUCAUUGCUUUGGAUACUCCAUCAACCCAGACUAUUAUUUUAUCGUGGCGGGGGAAUACCAGCUCUCCAUCACCGGUUACCAUGAAUAUUAUGUCUAUGUAGAGCAAAUUAUAAUUUACCCCACAUUUGCUGGGGAAGGGACCAGUGGAGACAUUGCCCUAAUCAAGCUGACUGACCCUGUCCCCUACACCAACUACAUCCUGCCUAUCUGUUUACCAUCUUUGUCUGUCAGCUUCCCGACUGGUUUGGAAUGCUGGGUAACUGGCUGGGGGAACACUGGAUCUGGUGUGAAUCUACUAUAUCCUAAGACUCUUCAAGAAGUGAUGACCCCACUGAUUGACUACAAAAAGUGUGAUGCUAUGUACCACGUUAACUCUAAUGUGAAUGCGAACACCAGCAUUAUCAAGGAUGAUAUGAUAUGUUCCGGGUACGAAAAUGGAAUGAAGGAUUCAUGCCAGGGAGACUCUGGAGGACCUCUGGUGUGUGAAGUAAAUGGUGCAUGGUACCAGGCUGGCAUUGUCAGUUGGGGCGAGGGAUGUGCUAAACCUUAUCGCCCUGGAGUCUACACUCUCACUACUUUCUACCAGCAUUGGAUACAAAGUUACAUCCCAGAACUUAACUUCAUAAACCCGGGUCCAACUGUAGCUUCAACUAAAGUUGGUCCAACUGUAGCUUCAACUGAAGGCGAUCCAACUGUAGCUUCAACUGAAGGCGGUCCAACUGUAGCUUCAACUGAAGUGACGACUUCUCUGCCCCAGACCACUCAGUUGAACCUCAGUUAUACCUCAACCUCACCCAGUAAUUAUGUUUGCGGCUCUCCGAUGUUCACUGACCGAAUUGUAGGGGGCAUGGAUGCUGUGGAUGGGGAAUGGCCCUGGCAGAUCAGCCUGCGGUACAAGGGAUUUCAUAUCUGUGGUGGGUCCUUGAUCUCUAACCAGUGGGUCCUGACUGCUGCUCAUUGCUUUGGAUACCCCAACAACCCAGACUAUUAUGUUAUCGUGGUGGGGGAAUACCAGCUGUCCAUCACCGAUUACCAUGAAUAUUAUGCCUAUGUAGAGCGAAUUAUAAUUUACCCCACAUUUGCUGGGGCAGUGAACAGUGGAGACAUUGCCCUUAUCAAGCUGACUGACCCUGUCCCCUACACCAACUACAUCCUGCCUAUCUGUUUACCAUCUUUGUCUGUCAGCUUCCAGACUGGUUUGGAAUGCUGGGUAACUGGCUGGGGGAACACUAGAUCUGGUGUGAAUCUACCGUAUCCUAAGACUCUUCAAGAAGUGAUGACCCCACUGAUUGACUACAAAAAGUGUGAUGCUAUGUACCACGUUAACUCUAAUGUGAAUGCGAACACCAGCAUUAUCAAGGAUGAUAUGAUAUGUUCCGGGUACGAAAAUGGAAUGAAGGAUUCAUGCCAGGGAGACUCUGGAGGACCUCUGGUGUGUGAAGUAAAUGGUGCAUGGUACCAGGCUGGCAUUGUCAGUUGGGGCGAGGGAUGUGCUAAACCUUAUCGCCCUGGAGUCUACACCCUCACUACUUUCUACCAGCAUUGGAUACAAAGUUACAUCCCAGAACUUAACUUCAUAAACCUGGGUCCAACUGUAGCUUCAACUGAAGGUGAUCCAACUGUAGCUUCAACUGAAGGUGAUCCAACUGUAGCUUCAACUGAAGGUGGUCCAACUGUAGCUUCAACUGAAGGUGGUCCAACUGUAGCUUCAACUGAAGGUGAUUCAACUGAAGGUGAUCCAAAUGUAGCUUCAACUAAAGGUGAUCCAACUGUAGCUUCAACUAAAGUUGGUCCAACUAAAGCUCCAAAUGAAGGCUCCAAGCUGCUGGGUCAAGAGAUGACGACUGUGAUUCUUCUUGCCUUAAGUUUAAUGUUUUUUCAUUACGUUUAA